AUGGCUGAUCCGGUUUAUUUAGCUUUACUUGGAUCAGCAGAAUAUUUUCGAACAAGUACACCACCUAAUUAUCGUUUAGCUAUUCAAUGUUUACAAGCUAUUUUAACAAUAAGAUUACCAACAUUAAUUGAAGCAAAAAUUCAUUUAUUUUUGGGACGAUUAUAUACACAAUAUACAACAAAUAUUGAUAUGGCAUCGAUGCAUCUUGAUAAAGCUUGUCAUUUAGCUCAAAUGCCGGAUGAUAUAAAACUUGAAAGUCUUUGUUUAUUAGCAAAAAUUUAUUUAAAUCAAAAUCAAUUUGCAUCAUCAAUAACAUUACUUCAACAAGCAUAUGAUCUUUCAUCUCAACAACCAUAUUGGCAUUGUAGAAUUAUAUUUCAAAUAAUUAGUAUUUAUCAUUCUCAAGAAGAUUAUAAUACAUCAAUUUAUUAUGUUGAUCGUGGAAUAGAAUUUUGUGCAAGAAUUAAUGCUUUAUUUUGUCAAAUUAUUUUUCAACUUACAAAAGCAAUGUUACGAUUAUCAUUGAAAGAUUAUAUAGAUGCACAAAAUUUAUUAAAACCAUGUUUAGAUAGAAUUAAUUCAUUACAAGGAAAUUUUUCACAUAUUGAAACAUUAAGAAUUUUUUAUUUGGUUUUACAUAUUUCAUGUUCUUGUUUUGGACUUGGUCAAAUAAAAUCAUCAAAAAAUGCAUUGAUGCAACUUCAACAAAGUAUUCAAAAUCUAGCAAGUCGUCCUGAAGAAGAAGCUUAUUUAAUUACAAAUCCACUCGAACAGUUUAUAUGGUUAUCUCGUGAUCAUUUAAAUGUUCUUGUUUAUUUAUUAACGGUUUUUCAUUCAAUGCUAUCAGGUCGAUUAGAAAAAGCUCUUAAAUAUGCUGAUAAAGCUCAAGCACAAAUAGAACAAAUUAAAAAUGUAGAUCAUAGUCCAUUUUUAAUGGCUGUUGAAAUGCUAUUUUAUGAAUGUCGCAUACAAAGUCAUUUAAUAUUUGGUAAUAAAGCUGUAGCUAUUAAAGAAAUCAAUAUAUUAUGUCGUCUUCAUAAUACAUCAAAUUCGAUUAAUAAUAGCAAUGCUAUUCAACGAACAUUAACUCUUCAUGCAUUAUUAGGUUUCUAUGCAACAUCAUUAAAUUUUAAUGAAGCAGCUGAAGCACAGUUUGCAAGUGCUCUUCGAACACGAUUUUCUGGCGAUAAAGAAUUUCGUUUUUUUAUUUUUGCUAAUCUUAUUAUUAUUUAUUUACGAACAUCAAAAAUAGCAAAUCUAAUACCGAUAUUACAACAAAUUAAUAUUGAAUUAAAUACAACUCAAUCCGCAAUACUUCAUGCUAUUGGAAAUUUAUUAAAUGGUCUUCAUAAUUUAACACAAUCUCGUAUACAUGAAGCUAAAGAACUCUUUCGACGUUCAGCUAAUCUUGCCAGUAAUGAAGAUUUAAAUAAAAUUUUAACUAAUACAUUUAUCGUUCUUGGUCAUAUGUUUUUUCGAAUGCAUAGUUAUCAAGAAAGUGCAAAUAUGCUUCAAUCAGCAACAACAAUAAGCCAAUCAAUUCCUGAUUAUAAUGCACAAUUGAAUACAAUGAGUUUACUUCGAGAUCUUUAUCAUGUGUGUAAUGAUCCUCGAUUAGCUGAAACAAAUGAUCGAGUUAUACAAAUAAAUGAUAGCUUACAAAAAGAUUAUCAAUCUGCAAUAGCACUUGCUGAACAUCGUCAUCUUUUAACUUGGACUGAUGGUGUUUGUCCGAUGAUAAGUUAA